UGCAGGAUAGCAUUGCAGAUGCCGGGCACAGCAAGGCAUGACCGAGAGAUGGCAAUCCAGGCCAAAAGAAACCUGUCCAAAACCACCGACCCUGUAGAAAGACUUCGUCUGCAGUGUUUAGCAAGGGGAUCUGCAGGCAUCAAAGGACUGGGCAGAGUAUUUCGGAUUAUGGAUGAUGACAACAGCAGGACCCUUGAUUUCAAAGAAUUUGUGAAAGGAUUAAAUGAUUAUGCUAUGAUGAUAGACAAGGAAGAAGCACAAGAGAUUUUCCGGAUAUUUGAUAAAGAUGGCAGUGGAACAAUUGAUUUUGAAGAAUUUCUUGUUACACUGAGACCUCCCAUGUCAAAUGCAAGAAAAGAGAUCAUCAUGCAGGCAUUUAGGAAGUUAGACAAGACUGGAGAUGGUGUCAUAACAAUUGAAGACUUACGGGGAGUGUAUAAUGCAAAGCAUCAUCCCAAAUACCAGAAUGGAGACUGGACAGAAGAUCAAGUUUUUAGGGCCUUUCUGGAUAAUUUUGAUUCACCCUAUGACAAAGAUGGGAAGGUCACAACAGAAGAAUUCAUGAACUACUAUGCAGGAGUCAGCGCUUCAAUAGACACAGAUGUCUAUUUUAUCAUCAUGAUGAAGAACGCUUGGAAACUUUGAUCAUAUGAUUAAAGGAGCAAGACUUUAUUUCC